AUGAUUUUUAUCUUGCAUGUAUAGCAGUAGUUCCGAGAUUCUGUGUUUAGAAUGAUAGUUAUAAGGCUUAUACAGAUGUGACAAAUUGCUAUCUACCUAUCUCUAAUGAUCUUAUUUGAUGAAGUUUCGUGGCCUUCUGAAAAACCUAAUCAUUUAAGCUUUUUUACCCGGGAUGAGUGUGAUUAUUCAAGCUCUUCAAGUGUAGUGUUGCAGCAACUUCCGAGUGGAGAUGCAGAUAUUGCAGAACUCGCAUCUACAUAUCCAUUGAACAUUGCUGUUGUUAGUCUUAAAACAAUGUUUGCAAAUGAUUUACCAGCGCGAAAUGUGCUAAAAUCGACGUCGAAAAAUCCAAAAGGGAAAAAACUCCAUCAGUAUCUCGCGACAGCGGUAGUUGGUUUGUCGACUCUUCAGUGUGGAAUGUCGAUGGGUUGGUCAUCCCCGAUGCUGCCAUACUUGACAUCAAAAGAAUCUUUCAUAAAUAUAACCGAAGAUCAAACAUCAUGGAUAAGUUCGCUCCUUGAAUUUGGCGCAGUGUUGGGAGCAAUUGCGGCAGGAAAAUUGGCUGACAUUAUCGGACGACGUCGAUCAAUCUUAGGGUUUACAGUACUAUUUUUAGUAUCAUGGUUGUUGCUGAUUUUCACUAGGAAAUUAUGGUGCAUAUAUUUGGCGAGAUUACUUGCUGGAGUCGCAAGUGGGGCAAUCUGUGUAAUCGCGAUUAUUUACAUCGGUGAAAUAGCAGAAGUGUCAAUUCGAGGUGCUCUUGGAUCGAUGGCUGGAAUGCCCUUCACCGUUGGCGUACUGAUAGCGUAUAUAGCUGGAUCAGUUUUGAGUUACACCGCGUUCGCGAUUGCUGGUGCAUUAUUGGCGAUAAUUUUCAUCGUUAUGUCGCCAUUUUUAACUGAAUCGCCAGUCUGGUUGGUGCAAAAAAAUCGACUCACCGAGGCUGGAAGACCCCUCCGAAAACUAAGAGGAACAAAAUAUGACAUCGAUAAUGAGAUUGCGUUUCUUCAGGCUGAAGCGACAGACCGACAUUCUAGAGAAGGCGGCAUAACAGACCUAGUGAGAACAAAAGCUGGCCGUAAAGCGUUAGCGAUCAGCCUGGGUCUCACAUUUUUCCAACAAAGCUCUGGAAUUGGCGUCAUAUCAUUUUACACCGUUACGCUUUUCCAAAUAGCGGGAAGUUCCACCAAUCCUUUCAUGGCCACAAUCAUUAUAGGGGCGGUAGCAGUCGUAAUGGAACUACUCACAACUCUCCUGAUAGAUAAAGCUGGUCGUAGACCAUUACUUAUUUUGUCUGGAAUGGGCACGGCACUUUGUUUAGCAAUUCUUGCGUGGCAUUUCAAGGCGAUGAAUUCUGGAAACGAAGCGAUCACCUAUGGUUGGGUCCCGCUUGCAAGUUUGAUUAUAGCGACUAUUACUUUUGCUAUCGGAUUUGGAAAUAUACCUUGGAUAAUGAACGGUGAAUUAUAUCCACCAGAGACAAAGGCAGUGGCAGGAAGUAUAGCUGGUGUAUUCAACUGGGGACUGCAAUUCGUCGUCGUGAAGUCAUAUCCUUUUGCAAGUUCGAAAUUGGGAGACUCGGUGGUUUUUUGGACUUUUAGUAUCUUUAUUUUUAUCGGUGGGAUCUUUGCUAUCUUUAUUGUCCCAGAGACUAAAGGUAAAACUUUGCAAGAAAUUCAAGUUGAAUUGAGUAAAUAGCAUCGCGCGAUCGCAACAAAAGUCCAAGACUCUAAGUAUAAAGCUUUAUCCAAUGCGAGAGAUCUUGAUGAUCUUGUGAGAUUCGGAUGGGCCAACUGAGUAUGAUUAUAAGGUUUAUCAGUAAUUAGUUAGACAAUUACGAAAAAUGAAUACGAUAUUGCGAAUAAUGUAUGUAUAAAUUAUUGCAAUUAAAUACGUGGUUGUAACUUGA